CGUAUCAGUGCCGGCGCGUCGGCAAAUAACCUCAUUCUGCAUACUGACUGUUAUUUAGAAGGUCUCCUAUUUUCCCGUCGUUUGAAAUCGGUGAUACCAGCAGAAGUGUGAUCCACAGGUCAAGUACCGCCAUGGCUGCACUGUCGGGAGGAGAGAUGUGCAUCAAAUACCUGAUGUUUGCCUUCAACCUGGUAUUCUGGCUUGCAGGCACUGCUGUCUUUGCUAUAGGCCUGUGGCUAAGAUUAGACCCAAAGACCAAAGGCCUGUUUGAAGGAUCAGACUCUCCAUAUGUGUUUUACACAGGUGUAUAUAUCCUGAUAGGAGCUGGAGCACUGAUGAUGGUGGUGGGUUUUCUGGGAUGUUGUGGUGCUAUCCAGGAGUCACCCUGCAUGCUGGGACUGUUCUUCUGCUUCCUGCUUAUCAUAUUUGCCGUUGAAGUAGCAGCUGGAAUUUGGGGAUUUUCCAACCAAAGCAAGGUGGUGAAUGAUAUCACAACAUUCUACAUGCAAACCUACAAUAACUAUAAGGAGACAGGAGAUGAGCGCCUCAAAGAGACCCUGCGGUUGAUCCAAACCGGGCUGAAUUGUUGCGGACCAACCGGUACUGCAGCAGAUGCCAAAGACACCUGUCUCCGUGGAGAGCUACUUGAUGAGUUCAUUACUAAGAGCUGUCCUGAUGCCAUUGAUGAGGUGUUUGACUCCAAGCUACACAUCAUAGGAGGAGUGGGCAUCACCAUUGGUAUUGUUAUGGUGUUUGGGAUGAUCUUUAGCAUGCUCCUCUGCUGCGCCAUAAGGAAGUCUCGGGAGGUGGUGUGACACCCACCAUCACGCGCUGAAGUCCUUAUUAAUGUUGCAUGAUGUCAUUCCUAGAGUCACAUGACUCUCCACUGCCAAUAGAAACACUGCUUGUCCAAGGGGGAUAAACUAAGUUAAGCCAGGUGCAGAUAUUUCUGAUUAUCCAUACAUAUAUCAGUCAUAACUGCACCACUGACACUUAGGCCCACCUUUCUGGACCAUAUAGAUGCGAUGUGGUUGUUUGGCCCAACUAUAGAAUGGGUGUCAUCUAUGCUUAAGUGACAAUGUAGUACAGAAAUGUGUAAUAUUGUGGUCAUUUGAUUGAAAUUAGUGUUUGUGAACUGCGAAUUAUCUAAACAAAAGAGUAUAUUAUUGUAUAAUGAUCACAUUUCUCACCUACUGAAGAGUCACGAAUCAGGGCCACAAAAAAAGGCUACCACCACCACCACUUCAGCACAAGACAGCACUAGCCAAUGAAAUUCUACAACUCCUUUUUCUUACAACAAUGAAGUCAAUCCGUGGUGAUGAGUAGCCAGUUGAACGCCGGGCUUUGAGCUGUGGAGACUGUGGUUUGUUCGAGCUUGGUAUUAGAGUAGCAUUUCAGAUCCCUCAUUGUUACAUUUAAUUUGUUCCUUUCUGUCUUUAUCUCCUAACCUGCCCUUUUUAAAAAAAAAAACGCCUUUAAUUUUUUUGUCACAUUUUGUAAAUGUCUUUUUUUAAUUUGUAAGAGAUUUAUACACCUAAGUGGUUGUAUGGUAUAUGUGAUUGAUUAUGUAUUUUAUAAUGUCUUUUCAUUUUACAGAGAUUGGGUUGAUUUAUGUCAUAUGCACUAUGUUUUACAGAGACAAAAUUAAUGACAGCCAAAUAAACCAAACUGAGUCAA